GCACACGUCACACGGUGAGGAGUGAGGACCGAGGCGGAGGGAACGACGUCACCGGCGGCCGGCGGCGUCAGCCGCUGCCGAGGUCGCCCUCAGUUACUGACUGAUAAACGCGUAUCACCGACGCCUCGUCCGUCAUGCAGCGCGCUUGACUUGCCGCCGAAAACCUUAAGCUGCCUAAUGCAUCUUAGCCUGCCAUCAACAAAACACAAAUGUCAGCCGUCACCGCACAAGGAACGGCGCUUUUAUCACAUCUUAGAAAAUGACUGAAGGUCCCCCGUACAGACAUGAGAAGCCGAUGUGUAUCCGCAUAUGGCUGGAGGUGGGUCACGCGUGCGAGCCUCGGCAGACGGCGUCGGGGCGCGCGCUGUCGCUGGAUUGGCGUGUGUGGGUGCGCGGUGCCAGGGGAGACAUCAGCGCCUUCGUGCACAAGGUCGUGUUCGACCUGCACCCACCCAGCGCCUUCGUGUAUCCCAAGAGAGUGCUCCAGGAGCCGCCGUAUGAAAUCAAAGAGUCGGGCUGCGCGUCUAUUGAUAUUCCGAUCCACGUGUACCUGAAAUUCUCCAGCAAACCAAAGAAAAUCUGUCUCAGAUACAGCCUUUACAUCGAGAACAACAACAAGGCCAGCUCGGAGUCGCGCUGCGUUUACUACGAUUUUGAAAACCCCUCGGACACCUUACUUGGCGCCUUGAUGCAGGGUGGUGGGGAAGUGAUCGCGCGCGCAGGCAACUUCACCAACUCUGGCAAACUAGUCGUGCUAUAUUCAAAAGAGGACCGACCCGAGGACGCGACUAGGAUGAAGAGAUGCAGGUACGUGAAGCCGAUCCGCUGCAAACACGCCAAAAGGCUAACCAGGCCGUGCGCGUUGGACGAAGUCUGUCCGAAAUGUGGUGAAUCGAUAAACGCCGACUUCAGAAAGCAAUUACGCGCAGUGGCCAUGACCGAGGAUGAGAUAAACCGUGUUUCGCAGUUGUACCUAUCGUUCAGCAGUCAUCAAAAGGCGGCGAACGGGUUGAGACUGCCGCCAUUAUCUGACCCGAUCUAUAGGAUACCUGAAUUGCCGCCAUCGCUGCGCGGUGCAGUCGCCAGCAUUGAGGCGGACCACGCCAAGCAGUGACAGUGUUUGGCACUUUCAUACGCGUCAGUGCUUCCAAGUUUCAUACAUUGAUAUUACCUGUGCUGUGCCAUUCUUAAGCCGACUCACUUUGUCGUACCAAUUAUACAGUCCUAAUAAAUAUAUUUUUACUAUUUCAUAUUCUAUACUAAAUAAAUACAUAUAUUAUAAUUUUAAUUUACUUACUCAGAGACGUUUUUUAUGAAUCUUGUUAUUAUAAUGCCAAUGUUUAUGAUGUAAGUUAUUUGUUAUGUAUAUAAGUCUUUUGACUUGGAGUUUAUGUGCUGUGAACAAGAUCUCAAAAGUCAAUUUUAUAGGUGUUAGUUAUCAUAGUCCUCUAUUCAUAGUCAUAUAAUUUAACUAGACAUAUUGGAGCUCCAUAGUUUAAUUUAAUAUAAUAUAUUGUCUAUUUUAUUAUAUUUUAUUAAUCUUUUAAGUAUGAAUAAUUAGAUUUUUAUCAAACAUUCUAAAGUCAAUUUCGUGAUAGUCUAUAGAACGAUAUUAGCCUAAAAAUUUUUGAAUUAUGAACAUACAAUUACAUACGUAUAUUUUUAAUGUUGAUAUUAAAUAGAUUUAUUAUAAAAAUUACCUAUUAGUCAUAGAAUAGAAUAUAGAUUAAUUAAUUAUUUUUAUUAUUAUUUAAAGUUAAUAGCAGUAGGCCUACCUACUGAUAACGGUUGUAAUUAAUUUAUUUUGUUAUGUUACUAUUAUUAUUUUCCGUUAGUUCAAAUUUAGUUUAACAAAUAAAUAAUCAAAUAACUAUUUAUUGGCCUAAUAAUGUGCCUUUUCAUAUUGUAAAAUACUGAAAAUUUUAUUUACUACGAAUUUGCCUUUUAACCUGUUUGUAUAUUGUAUGCGGUACUCGGGUACCUUAUGAGGGUACCUAAUUAUGUAAAUUAGAAAUAUGUGCUCUAAAAACACAGGGUAUGUCGUAAUUCGUUAAGAAAAUGCUAUGGUGCAUUAAAUGAUAAUUUUGUGUUUCAUUUAUUCUUUCUUUAUUUUAUUGUAAUACCUACGUGUAUACCUAUGUUUUUUUUGGUUUUAUUAUGUGUAGGUACGUGUAAUAAAUGGUAGUCUCGACUUUCGUCGUUUCAUAAAAGUUGAAAGUUGUUCAGCCCUUGCUCUUAGAGUUUGGCUACUGAAAGUAAAUUGCCCGGUAAAUUAAAAAAAAAAAGAUCUACUAACUUUUGUAAUAAGACGCAAAUCUGCCUACCUAACUUAAAAAAUUAAAUUGCAAGUAUCAAUCAGAAUUAUUCCAAUAUAGCAAAUAGUGCAAAUAUUUUAAUAACUCAAUUUUGGGAAUUGCCUCCGAUUUUUUUUUUAAUUUCUUUCACUAGCCAAAUUCUAUCAUUACGAGUGGAGUUUAGAUCAUGCUGGUUUUAGGAGGUAGAAGGUUUCAAGAGUCCUUUCAAGCAUAGACUAAUAUAAUAGGCAGACGACAUCUUUAGCCCUUACAGAGUCAUUUAUAGUAUCAUAUCAUUAUGAAAUAAGUGCAGUAAGUUGAAAAUUACAGCCGAGGCGAUAUUGCAGCUCGAGCCAAAGGCGAGAGCUACAUUAAAGAAGCAGAGGCUGUAAUUAUCAAAGCGCACGUAUAUCAUACGACGUUUUAUAAGAUUUGCGAGAAAACACACUUUCUGAAAAUUAAUUUGCAUCUUUGCCUGUUUUCCGAUGACAUUUUGAUGCGCUUGUUAUUUUUGCACAGAUAACGAAGUGCGCACACCAGCGUUUUUUUUUUUAGACAAAUGCACCAAAACAGCCAGUAUUACUAAUAAAAGUAAAUUUAUAUUUUGUGUUUCUGAUACAGAUAAAAUGGUUGAAAAUGAUUAAAAUUAAAGAAUUAUAUUUUUUUUUAUUAUUAUAUUUUAUCUCACAAACUUAAUUUUAUUCAUAAAAUAUUGAGGACUGUUCCGACAUAAAAACUUUUGCCAAGAUUUAAAAAAGUACCGUUCGUUUUUAGACGGAUGAUAAAGGUUUUAUAUUACAUUACGGCACAUGUGCAUAAUGAGAUACAUUACGUUAUUGAAAUUAGUGAAAUAAGCGAUACUUUACGAGCAAAUGUUUUAUAAAUGUAUUUUAUAUUGAUUUCAUGCAUUGGGUUUUCCGGACACGGAAAACGAGUAUGCGGCCGACCUUAAAUAGGUGGAUAUCAUUGAUCUAUUAUGUUCCUCUUUGGUAGAUAUAUCUUUUUUUUUUCCUACGGAAUAUCAGCUAGCGUUAGGGCUUUUUCACACGUGCUUUCGUCAUGGACAAUUCGGCAAUAAUUACGACGAACAGACGUUUGUGUACUGGAAGCUUAUUAACAACACUAGCGGAGAUAUCAGGGCGAUAUCUAUGAAGACAAUUUAUUUAUUUUUGCAUUAUACAAAAUUAUACAAAUAUGCAAAAUGU